AUGUCAUUGUUUAUUUUAGCUUUAACAUCAUAUAACCAUUCUAAAUACAAUCUGCGUUCCGAAGUAUGUUCAAGGUUUCAAACCGAUUUCCUUGUUGAAGAUUACGCUACUUAUUAUCCUACUUUAUCAAGAUCUGCGGAUAAUUGUGCAAUUCCUCAAUAUGAUGAAACUACAGACUCUACAAAUGCAUUGAAAGUACUUAACUAUUUACGUUAUCUUAAUGGUUUACAGGAUACUUCAAUAGAUAAUUCUAAACGCGAAGAUGUUUGCAAAUGUGCUGCAUAUAUGCUUCAAAACAAUGAUGUUUCUCAUACUCCAAGCUCUUCAAAGAAAUGUUAUUCGUCAGAGGCAUAUACUGGAUGUUCCAAAUCGAAUUUGAACCGCCUUCAAUUUAAGGCUACUUCCGCAACAUCUGUCAUGUAUUACUAUUGGGAUGAAGGUGUAUCUACUCUUGGUCAUCGACUUCAUGUUACUCGUCAAAAUUUGCUCAAAACAACAUUCUGCGGUGCCAUAUAUGAUGAGCAGGGAAGCACAUAUCAAGCAAUGGGAGUUAACCUUUAUCGUGGCAUAAGUCAAAAAAAUCCAAAUAUAAUUGCUGUUCCACCUCCUGGCCCAGUUCCAUUGCACAUUUUGCAAUAUCAAUCAUUUGCAGGUCAUAAAUCUGGUAAUUGGUUGACAUGGUUUAGUGUUUCUGGACAAAAUUAUGAUAAAGACAAACCAGGUAAAGUUGAAGUUUGGAAUGACUUUAAGAAACUCGAUAUUAGCUAUGAAACUCUUGAAAAGCAACUAAAUAUUUAUUACACUACCAAAUAUAAAUUUAAUUCAGGAGGAUUUGAAUCCAAUAAGCUUUAUUGGAUCAAAUAUACAAAUGGAGAUUACGAAUACAGAUAUUGGACAUAUCCAACAGAUUGUGAUUUUCAAGUAGCCGAUUCAGAGAUCGACAGAUUACUUCAACUCCAACCAGAAUGCAUGAUGGAUGGCUGUGAAAGACCAUUUGAUCCUCCAAUACAGCCAGAUAACCCAGAUGUUAACAAGACAACAGAUAAUAAUUCCACGAACAAUAACAAUAAUCCUGACCCAGCAAAUCCGAAUAAUCUGUUUGCAUAA